AUGAGCAACAAUACAAUUAUCCGAGCCUGCCUCCUGGCUGCUCUAGGAAACAACUUGGCUCGUGUGAAAUUCCCAGAAGCCGGAACCAUCGACGCGAAUCCAUACAACCUCGACCUCCCCAUUGUGCCAGCUGCAAUCACCGUCCCGCAAUCAACAGCGCAGGUCGCCAAUGUUGUCAAAUGUGCAGCGAAUAAUGACUACAAAGUACAGUCCAGAAGUGGAGGUCAUAGCUAUGGUAAUCACGGACUCGGAGGCACGGACGGCGCGAUCGUGGUUGAUCUGAAAGAUCUCAAACAAUUCUCGAUGGACGAAUCUACAUACACCGCUUCAAUAGGAUCAGGAAUGUUGCUGGAUGAAGUCACCCACAAACUCUACGACAACGGCAAGAGGGCCAUGGCGCACGGAGUCUGUCCCCAAGUCGGUGUCGGUGGCCAUUUCACCAUCGGAGGUCUGGGACCAACCGCGCGACAAUGGGGAAGCUCUUUGGAUCACGUCGAAGAAGUCGAGGUCGUGUUGGCCAAUUCCAGCAUUGUCCGGGCAUCGAACACACAGAACCAGGAUGUUUUAUUUGCGAUCAAAGGCGCUGCUGCUAGUUUUGGAAUCGUUACGGAAUUCAAGGUACGCACUGAGCCAGCACCGGGUGUCGCUGUGCAGUAUACCUAUGAACUCAUCUUGGGAAAUACAACUGAGCGAGCCAGAAUUCUGGCAGACUGGCAGGAUUUCAUCUCGGACCCUGAUCUUUCUCGGAAAUUCGCCUCGAUCAUGGCAUGCUUCUCACCGGCGACUUCUAUGGCUCUAAAGAAGAAUUCGACGACCUUGCCGGGAAAAAUUGAUGUCUUAACCGAUUGGCUAGGCAUGACAGGUCAUGCAGUGGAAGAGAUUGCCCUAGGCAUUUUUGGCGGAAUUCCGCUUCACUUCUAUGCCAAAUCAAUGGCAUUUACCCGAGACAGUCUCAUGUCUCAAUCGACCUUCGAAAAACUCUUUGACUAUCUCGACAACACUGACAAAGGCACACUGUUAUGGCUCGUUUACUUCGACCUACAAUCGGGAGCCACAGGUGACGUUCCCAACAAUGCAACUGCCUAUGCUCACCGCGAUACGCUAUAUUGGCUACAAUCCUAUGUUAUCAACUUAGCGGGCCCUGUCUCUAAUACGACUAUUGGAUUCUUGGAGGGAAUCAACAAUCUCAUUGCGCAGGAUGUACCCAGUGCCAAUACGCAGCGUUAUUGGGGGACUAAUUUGCCCAGAUUGGAGAGGAUUAAGGCGGCUAUUGAUCCGGAUGAUGUUUUCCAUAAUCCUCAGAGUGUGAAGCUGAGAAAGCAGGAUUUAUGA